AUGUCUUGCUGGGGUUAUCAUUCAUGUACCUUUCCAGUGGACUGAGUUUCUGUCGAAUGAGAAGACCAUCUUGCACCAUGGACGGAUUCAGCCUUCUGUAUCUGCUCAUGAUUCUUCUGAUGAGAUCUGGUGAUGUUGAAACCAACCCUGGACCAGACAGGAUUGUCAGUGAGGAGGAAUUCAUAAAGCUGUCCAAGCUAAUUGAACCUGGCUACUACAAAGCGUUGGGCGUUCACCUGAAUAUCUCCAUCGCAGAGCUUGGUCAAAUCAAGGAAAGUAGCCUAAAUACCAGUGAUGCAUUUAUAACAUUGUUCACGAAAUGGAGAAACAAACAGCCUCCAGACACAGACAUCAGGGCUCUUCUUGCAGAGGGAUUACAAAAAAGUGACUUGGGGUACCUCUCUGGUGAACUACUCCCUCGCAGUCUAGUCCUGAAGCAGACAGGUGCACCUGUUACAAUGCCAGGAUCACAGACCCAACCACUUUCUCCUGACCUCAUUGAGAGAUGUGCAGCUGAUUUCAAAUUCAAGUACCGGACAACUCUCUGUAAGAUCAGAGCUGAUCCUCUUGACCCUGAUUCCAUUGUGCCAUUUGAAGACAUGUAUGUAAACCUUGUCUUGGAAGAGGAAUAUCGUAAAGACAAGCGACCACUUAAGUACAGGGAUCUCUUUAAUCUUAAAGUAAAUGGAGAGUUCCCCAAGCGGAUCAUGAUUCAGGGAGAGGCAGGGGCUGGAAAGACAACAUUCUGUGCUAAGAUUGCCUGGGACUGGAUAAAUGACUGUCCUGAUGUCCCAAAGUUUGUGUGGGUCCUUGUUGUCCCUUUUCGUGAAGCCAAGCAAUACACGAUCGGUGAGAUUGCCAAGUCAUAUCUCUCCAAGGACAACCCAACAACAGCCUGCCAGAUCACCGAGUACAUCCGUUCAAAUCCAAAAGAUGUAUUCAUUGCAUUUGAUGGAUUAGACGAGUUUGGUGGCAAGGUUGUACAGCAAAGGAAAUCUGGUUCAAAGUCAAAAUGUCACCAGCAAAAGUCUGCUGAUCAAACCAAGGCAAGAUCAAAAUCAAAGAUGAACAAGAGGAAGCGGCCAAAGUCAACAAGUGCCACUUCGCAGCCAAGAGUCAACAGUGCAGAGGCAAGUGGAAGUUCUUCAGAGAGAAGUGACAUUGCAAUUAGAGACAUUCUUCGUUCAGAUGAACUUGCUGCUUGCCCAGUGUUUGUGACAAGUCGCCCAUGGAAGGUCACAGGGAUUCGAUGGGAUGAUCGUCUAAGGAAACAGUACACUUUCAUGCAUUUGAAAGGUUUUAGCAAGGAGAAUGUGGCGGUUUACAUUCACAAGUACUUUCAAGAUGAUGGGGCCACAGCAGAUCAGCUUAUCCAAUUAACCAUAGACAAUGACAUCAUAUCUGAGAAUAUGGCCCCGUAUCCUAUCUACAUAGCUAUGCUCUGUCUUAUGUGGAGAGAACUCAGUGACGAAAAACGAGAAAAGUUUAAGUCUUUUCAAACCUUUUCUCAAAUAUUUGAUGAAAUGUUUGAAUUCUUGAAGGUGCAUUAUGCUCAGAAAAUGAUCACAGAUUUAGGCAGCACAUCAUUCAAAGCCUAUCUCUCUCAAAUUGAGAAGCUCAUGGAACCAGUUGCCAAAGUUGCUUUCAUUGGGCUAAAAGAAAAAACUCUCAUUUUCAAAGAAGAUGAUUUUGAACAGUGCUCAGACUCUAUGGAAAUAGCUUGCAAAGUAGGGGUGUUGUCUCAGGAGAAAAAAAUGUCAUCUUUAUAUGAUGAGAGCGGUCUUUACCUGAAGUCUACAGUCUUCUUUCCACACAAACUCUUUCAGGAGUACAUGGCUGGGGUCCAUCUUGCUUCCCUGUAUGAAUCAGAUCACAAUGAAUUCAACAGGCUGAUUGAGCAAGUAGUGCUGCCUAGGAAGGAAGAGUUUAGGUAUCUCCUGUACUUCACUGUAUCACGGGAUAAAACCAUUGCAAACCAUGUCAUGAAAUGCAUGGUACAAGGUAGCACCACAAGCAAAGAGGAGAUGAAGUUCUUGGUUGAUGUGUCCUUUGAGAGUCAGGAUCUAGAUACUGCAGCCUUGCUGAGGGGUAGAGUGCUAUCUCUGACAAUAUGCCUAUUAAUGACAGCACACACUAUAGCAGGUUAUGUAUUCACUGGAGUAUAUAAAGAUGUGGUAAGUUUGAUAUCUUACAUAAUUAACAAGUAAAGUGUCAUCUCUGGUCGUAAACAGAGAUAUGAAAGCACACAAUUUUGCAGUGUGCAUAAUAUGGGGUCCC